UCCCCGUCCUUUCCUGAAUCCUCCCCCUCCAUUACACCUUGUUCUUCGAAACACUCUUUGUAACACGCCUCAAGACGAGAGCUUCCAGAGCUCCAGACUCCUGCUCACCGAAUAUCGUAGCCUUUGGUCGAACCGUCAAAUGCUCAAGCUCCAACUUAUCCAGUCACCUUCAAUUGACCUCGCUUCGCGAUACGCUACAACAGCAACAGCACUUAUCGCUCCUCACCCCGCUCAGUAUCGAUAAUAGCCCUCAGGCGCAUGGUGGGGUCAAGAUGCCGCCCAGAUCUUCUCUCACGUCUUCUUUUUCAAUCACCGACUCCAACAAUGAGGUCGUCUGUCCUCUGCGGAAUCAGGAUGGAUCUAGCUGUAGGAAAAGAUGCAUCGGUGAAAAACGAUAUCGUUCCAUGCAAGAACACAUUCGCCGCGCUCAUCCAGAACACUACAUUUCGAAGCUCCCAGCGACCGAGGAAAGCUUUAUGCUCAUGAUCAACACCCCUCCGUCCGAACGUCCUCCAAUGCAGCCAAGCGCAACUUCUGUUCCUCAGGGCUUCAAUCACGACCACCACAUGUACGAUACUAGCAACCCGGGCACGCCCCGGACCAUGGACGAUCACACCGUGGGUUCCAUGCUCCCCGCCGCCAGUGCUGCUGCGGCGCUGGCUCAGCUUCACGGCCACAAAGUCGAACCCGAAUGGGAGGAAAUGGGUUGGCACUCAGACACGGAGGGACGCCGCAUUCCAAGGACAUCAAUUGAGCUGCCGCCGCUGCACUUAACGAAUAACGACGUUACUAGCGAACCAUUCCCAGCUAUGAACUCGAGUCGGCCGCGGGAUAUUCUUCCGUCAAUUCUGGCGAAUUCACCCCCCGGCCGCUCUUCAACAUUACCCCCAAUCCAGCGGCCUGCUGUGGGACCUGCCCGACCAAGGAAGCAGUCCGUCACCAAGAGAGGCCGAGAGGCGCACCACAAGAAGCAGAAGUCUCGCGGCUCGGCAGCAGACUGGCUUCGGCGGAUCCAAAACGACGAACGGCUUAGACCAGGUAACAAUGACCGUAAGGCGUUAUCGGCUGAACCUUCUGCAGACUAUGGGAAGAGAUGGGAAGAUCUCAUCGAUGCCGCCGAUCAAGCCGCAUCUGCUGCCGGCGACAUCGAUGAGGACAGGACUCCAAUGCCUCAAUCACCAGUUUCUAUUCACAGGGCUUCUUUGCCGCCAUUCCAGCACCAUGGAUUUUCAUCAGCGACAGCUGGAGGGAAUUAUCAAGCCUCGCCACUACAGCAGGCCUUGACCCCGCCGUCCUACAGCCAGGACACAAUUGACCCGUUCCCGUCGGUUGAAAGCGGUGAAAGCGGGGAGAACUUCCACAUCGAGUCGCGAGGCCUAUCGGAUUCAUCACCAAGUUAUUCUUCUCAGAAUACUCAGAUCUACUGCGCAGCCUGUCAGAGCGUUUCACUUCUCAAAGACUCCUACGCCUGCACGGAGUGCAUCUGCGGUCUGUGCCAGGCGUGUGUCGACGUUCUCAUGGCAGAGCAGGGGGCACGCCGCAAAUGCCCCCGUUGCGCAACAAUCGGCGGCCGGUUCAAGCCAUUCCAACUUGACAUCCGGUGAUUAUGUCUUCUCAACGACCAUCAUGCAUACGUUACACACAAAUAUCCGAACUCUGAGGCCCACAAAUUGUAUUUGAAAUCACACACGGCGUCUUGGAUGGGGCCAAUGCGCAUAUACAGCAUCAAGCUUGGCAUAAGGAUUCACCGCAUCGAUAAUACCCCCCGGCGUUGCAAAUUCGCGAGAGCCUAGACAGAGAGCUUUUCACGAGCCGGUUUCUCCACAUUCUUUACGUUAUUAUAG